CCGAUUGGUCAGCGCGGCCGUCGCUCGACACUCCACUGUCCGCGGAUUGGUGCAGCGGCGCGGGCGGGCUCCUCCCUGGGCUCGGUCUUCAAGGCUCGCGGAGAGCGAAUGUCGUCAUGAGCGAACAACAGGACAGUAUGGCCACCACUGUUGCUGUCAGUCCCAGCGAAUACCUCCAGCCCUCCACUGCUUCCACACAAGACACCCAGCCCUCUCCUCUGGCCCUGCUGGCUGCCACCUGUAGUAAGAUUGGUCCUCCUGCUGCUCAGGCUCCUGUCACCUCUCCUCCAGCGCAGCCGCAGCCUCGCAGGCUCCUCCCCAUAAAGCCGGCUCCGAUCGCCCCCGCUCCGCCCAAAAACCUGGGUUUUCUGUCAACCAAGGGCAAUGUGAUCCAGCUCCCCGCCGGCCUGGGCUCCACGGCCCCUGGCAGCCCCAUCGUCCUCACCAUCCAGCAGAGCCCGGCCCGCACCAACACCUCGGCCCCCGCCAACAUCCAGUACCAGGUGGUGCCGCAGAUUCAGGGCGCCCAGACUAUCCAGGUGAUGCCGCAGGGCGGUCAGAUCCAGCUGAUACCGGGCACCAACCAGGCCAUCAUCACCACUCCCAUGACUGUACCGGCCCCGGCGGCCGCCACCGCUCCGGUCACGCCGCAGAAGACUGUCGCCAUCAAGCCCUCGCCGAAGUUGCGGAAGCCAAACAACUCGGCCGCAAACGUGGUGCAGCUGCCCAGCGGCCUCACGCUGCCGCUCAACGUGGCGACCGGAGAGGUGGGCGGGACUCAGAUCGUCACGGAGACGGCAGCCGCUCCUCCCACUCCUGGAAAGGGGCGACGAGGGAGGAAGAAGAAAGUGGUCCUGGCUCAGACUCCGCUUCCUCCUCCUGCACAGGCUGCCUCCCCGCCCCCAGAACAGAUGGAGACCAUCCUGAUAGAAGCUGGUGACAACAUCAUACAGGCUGGUAACAACCUACUGAUCGUGCAGAGUCCCGGGCAGCCAGCUGUGGUGCAGCAGGUCCAGCUGGUCCAGCCCAAACCGGACUCUCAGGUGGUUCAGAUCCCUCAGCAGGCCCUGAAGGUGGUGCAGGCCGCCUCCGCCACGCUGCCGCCCGUCCCACAGAGGCAGUCGGUCCCCUCGAACCUGCAGGUGACUCCGACGGACCCGGCGCCAACACAGAUCCUUUUCAAAACAGCGUCCGGCGAGUGGCAGUCAGUUCUGCUCCAGGACUCCGCCUCCACGACACCGACCCCCACCACGACGGUCACUGCCGCCGCCACCACCACCACCACCACCUCGCCGCCGGCCGGCACCAAGAGGACGCUCGCUGGGGGCCGCAAGGAACGGACUCUGGCAAAAAUCGCCCCGGCGGGAGGGAUGAUGGCGCUGAACACGUCGCAGCUCUCCUCGGCAGCUCAGGCCGUGCAGACGAUCAGCAUCAACGGGGUCCAAGUUCAGGGAGUUCCUGUCACCAUCACCAACGCAGGGGGCCAGCAGCACCUAACGGUGCAGACGAUGCAGGGCGGAGGGCUCCAGCUGGCGACGACGCAGGGUCAGCCGGCCAUCCAGGUAGACCAGACCCUCACUCUGGAGCUGCCCGGGCAGCCCGGAGAGAAGAAGCGACGCAUGGCCUGCACCUGCCCCAACUGUAAGGACGCAGACAAGAGACCCGGGGAGGUUGGGAAAAGGAAGCACAUCUGCCACGUCCCCGGCUGUGAGAAAACGUUCAGGAAAACGUCGCUGCUCAGAGCUCACGUCCGGCUGCACACCGGCGAGAGGCCCUUCGUCUGCAACUGGGUUUUCUGCGGGAAACGUUUCACACGCAGCGACGAGCUGCAGCGGCACGCCAGGACGCACACAGGAGACAAGCGCUUUGAGUGCAGCCAGUGUCAGAAACGCUUCAUGAGGAGUGACCACCUGACGAAGCAUUAUAAGACUCACAUAAACACCAAGAACCUGUGAGCAGACUGUACACUGAGCGUAUACGCAGACAAACUCUCAGAGACUAAAGACUGUGUUAGAGGACGGAGGUGCAGAGGAGACGAUACCGAGGGAGCGUCUGUGACUUAUCCCAUACUGGGAAAUACUCCAAAAAAAAAAGAAGAAAGAAAAGAAAGAAAAACAGCUCCUAUAUUCCCUCUCACUCCUCUAGGACACUGUGUAGCGUGGUGUACAAAGAAAUCCUUCCUGGUGGACUUCAGACUGAUCCAGCAAAUUUACUAAUAAUAGAUUUUUUUUUGUUUUUUUUCUUCUUCUUCUUUGGUCUGAUUGGAGGCCUGAACCAGCUCCGACUGACUGUGUAAGAUGACGAGGUGGCGAGGCUUCAGAUGCAGAUGCUUAACUCUGCUUGCUUAUUUAUGAACGUCUUCUCGUGGGGAAGAACGUACACAGGAUUAUUCAAACACCCACACUGAAGACCACAGGGCUCCAGUCACAGUUUCCAUCUCUUUGGUUUUUGUUCUCCCUCCACAAAUCCUGCUCUUUUUUUUUUUGUUUGUUGGUCUGGAGCUCCCUGAAAUUGGCCCGUGAAGAACCAAAAACAGGAAAAAAAACCCUAACACACUGUUUUGUACCUCUCUCAGAAAUUUGUUUUACUUCAGUGGAAAAUGAUCAUUUUGUUUUAAGUUAUUUGUGUUUUAGCAGGAGUUUGAUUUACCCAAAAAAGUUUGGGACCACGACAUAAAAUCUCCCCUUACAAGACUUUUGAAAACAUUUAGAAGUUUACAUUGGCUAUUUUUAAAGUGUCUAAUAUGCAUUAUACAUAAUAUUAAUAAUGAUAAUAAACUAUUUAUAACAUUUUCCAUACAAUUGUUACAAAUUGAUUUACAAAGUAGGGACGAAGGAAAACCUGACGUGAAAACAAAAAAGAGAAAAAUGAGACUUAAAGCUGAAAAUAGAAGGUGUAAGAUUUUACAGCAGAAACACAAAGAGGACUUAAAAAAGAACAUUUUAACACAUGUACAAGUUUGCUGUGAGGGUACGGAUUGGAGGUGACCAGAGCUUUUCCAGCGAGGCGAUACACGGCCUCGUAUCUCUGAUGGCGGAGCAGCCGCCAAAACCUCAGAACAAAAAACAAACAGCAGCUUUUCAGGAUGAGCUCAGACUUGGAAACGUGCAGUUCGGGGGCCAGAAGUCACUGUGCCUUAAAAGUCGUCAUUAACGUUUUAAAAUCAGUUCUUGCCACAAGCAAAGAGCUGCUGGAAUCGGAGUAGUAGAGUGUUGGCUUGGUGAAUGAUGGUACGGAACAAAUUGCGAGGAUAUUAAAUGUUACAAAAUACAACAUGAUUCAGUCCAGAGACACAAGAGAAGAAUAUAAACCCUCAAAAUCAACAUGACGAGCAAGAAAAAGAAAAAAUCCGGAGAAUGAUAGAGGACCGAGGAUUGAUCCCUGUGGAACUCCAGAUAAAAGAGAAUUUAAAUUAGCUCGCCCCAACAAAUUUUCCAAGUGAUUUAUUCAGUGUGGUGUGAUUGACCAUAUCAAAAGCUUUCAAGGAAAGUGGGAUGUCACCUUUGCCCACAAGGAAGAGAUUAUUAGUAACGCUUCAGAUGGUUGGAGGAAAUUCUUAACAAAUGUUCGUCAAAGAUGUUUAGGAAGAAACUUAAAAAUCAAUUACGUUUUUUAAUUGAUGAGAGGAAGUGGAUCCAGGUUGGUGUUUUUCCCUGUUUUCCUUCAUCAGUGACUCAUGUUUAAUAGAUGAAACAUUUAUGGCGCAUUAUACCAAUAUCCUGUUACUAAUACUGAUGAUUUCACAGUGUGUAUACUACCUAAAAUUCUCUACUUUUAGAGAAGUACUGCAAAAACUUCCUGCAGAGCAUCUUCAUUUCAUGUGUUGUCAGGGGCGACAGGGCCAACAAAAACAGAUCCAAGAGGUUUUAAAAGUCGGGGAAGAAGGUUUCUCGAGUCUCCGGGUGCUAAGGAUUUAAUUCAGUGAAUAUUAGAGUCAGUCACCCGCUGCUAAACCUGCUCACACUCCCUCUUUUCCCUCUAGAUUCAAACCAGGUUGCUACACAGUUGGUUAUCCUGCUUGGAUGCCACAACAGGUACGCUGACGUCUAGGGCUGGGUAUCGAACAUUAAUUCGUUUUUGGUACUAAAACAUAUAGCACUGAGUAUUGAGGACGUCUUGGCCUGAUUCACACUCUUUAAUCACAUAGUUCCUGAUUGUUUUAGUUCAUUAAUCUUUAAUAUCAGCUUCUACUCCGUUAGUCAACCGAAAAACUUUUUCAUUGUGUCAAAACAAGUGAAAAUUUGGUACUCGUACCAAGCGAUACCCAGCCCUACUUACUCCUUGUGUACUUAUGGGGAAAAAAAAGAAAAAGAAAAACAAAACUCCAGGGUAACUCUGCUGAUUCUGCUUUACUCACAGUGUAGUUUUGAUUUGGUGAUUUGUAGCCUAUGCAUCGCUGUAAAUACGAUCCAGAUGUUUGGCCUGACUCGACAAUCAAGUCAUGAGAUGCAAAAAAUUUAAAGAAAAGAGAAAAAAAAAGCUUCUUUCUCAGGCCUUCGAUCAGUUGCUUUGUACAUGAAUUUUUUCCAGCUAUGAGAUAGCUUUAAUUCUGAAUUUACACUUGAGAAGUUUUUGUUGAUAAACUGAUGACCAGCAUUAGGCCUACUGUACAGUAUUCACACAACUUACUUAAAUAUCAUUAUUUGCUUUACAGCAAACAUACCCUUGCUUAUAUCGUUUUUGAUAUAACGAAGAUGUACUGACCUUUUCGCUAACGGGUCGUCAGUCAGUUUGAAGCCUGGAUUUGUACGGGAGUCCGUUUUAUUCACGAAAUACACCGACUUAUUGUUAAACAAGCUUUUUGGUCAAAUGAGCUCGGUGCCAUCAGGCAGCAGGUAGUUGGGGUUUUCACUGUGGCAUGUUUUAAUACUGUGACAUACAUGUUUAAUGGAUGGAACGCUGUCCAACAACAACAACAACAACAACGUCUUCUUUUUGACCAAAAAGCUCGAGUCCAGUCAGAGUUACUUUUAAAGCACUUUGAACCAGUUAAGUGCUUCACAGGAGGAGAGAGUGACAGACGACGUAAAAGCUUAGGUGGCCAAUAUUUGGUGUAUUUUUUUAAGAAUGUGUCUGAAGACAUGUGAUGCCAUUAGGAUGGAUAGACAGAGCCUGCUCAUAUUUAUGUUUGUAUUUCGUGUCUAAAUAUGUAAAUACAGUGUGUGUCUGGUAGACACAGUAAAUGUAGGAUAUUAAAAAACAAAAGUAAAGCUGCCUAGUGUUGUGGUUUGGCGUGGCCGGCCCUGAAGGAAAUCGACUUUGUACAGUUGUGUAAGGAAUAAAAUAUAAUGUGACAUUGUAUAGCUUCAUUCCUGCUUUGUAUAAGACUUUAGAUCUUUUUUCUAUUGAAUUAAAGAUGCCUUAGACAGCUGCACCCAGUAUCUGAUAAUGUUUCCUUUCCCUGUCUAAUUCCAGGUAACAACAUUUGUAAAUUUCCUUUUGUGUUUUUAACUUAUGUUACAUGCUAAUGUCAUGUGCACUGAUCAAAAAUCCCAGGUUCCAAAAUUUGUAAAUUUAAUCUUGGAUUGUAAUUAAAUAUAAUAAGAUUUUUCCAAAUUAAGACAUUUCUAUUGCUUGGUGUCUGUGAAUUAAAUGCUUCUCCUUUCUCCAAGCUCAUCUGUUCUAUAAUGUUCUGCAGCCACUUUCUUUGUGUUUAUCAGGAGAACCCAGAGAACCAGCAAUUCAUUUUAUAACUUGUAUAAAGGUGCUAAAACGUAACGUUUGCUCCUUUUCUACAGUCACCCCCUCAAUAAAGAACUCAAAUCAU